AUGAGACACACGCGUCGACAAGCUGCAGCCAAAUUGGCAGCACUUUUUUGGCUGCUGCUGGCAGUAGCUGGCGGCGAGACAUUGGGCAUUGGGAGCUCCAGCGAUUGGCCGCGCCGCCGCGAGCCGCCGCCGCCGAGCGGCGCAAGCUUCGACUAUAUUGUGGUUGGGGCGGGCAGCGCGGGCGCCAUUGUGGCCAGACGUUUGGCGGAGCAGCCGAACGUAACCGUGCUGCUGCUGGAGGCGGGCGAGGAACCGCCGCUGGAAUCGGAGUACUAUGCGCUGAGCGGACGGCUGCAUCACGACGCGCGCUACAUGUGGCUGGACGAGGCGGCGCCGAGUCCGCGCUGCUGCCAGGCGAUGCAGCCGCCGCACGGCUGCAGCUGGUGGCACGGACGCAUGCUCGGCGGCAGCGGCGCCAUCAAUGGCAACAUCUAUGUGCCCGGCAGUGCUGCCAAUUUCCACGACUGGCGCUGGCGUCUCGGCCUCAAUGGCUGGGACUGGCCGCAGGUGCAGCGCGCCUACCGCCAGCUGCAGCAGCGCCUGCAGCCCAGCCUGUUUCCGCUGGCGCCCGCCAUGCGGCCGCUCGCCGAGCUCAUCUAUGCCGCCAGCGCGGAGCUGGGCGUGCCCCCACUGCAGAAGCCCCUGCUUGCGGGCAGCAGCAUCGGCUACACGCAUCUGGUGCCCGCCACCAUUCACCUGGCUCGACGCGCCAGCAGCGCUCGCCAGUAUCUCUCCUCGGCCCAAGGGGCGUGGCCGGACGAUAACUUGCAGCUGGUGCGCGGCGCGGAGGCGCAGCGUCUGCUGCUCAGCGCCGGCGGGCGACGGGCGCGCGGCAUCACCUAUUAUCACGUGGCGAGCAAUCGUACGCUGUGGGCGUGGUCGCGCCGGGAGCUGGUGCUGAGCGCGGGCGCGCUCAACUCGCCCAAGCUGCUGCUGCUGUCCGGCAUCGGGCCCGGGCCGCAGCUGCGCAGGCUGGGCGUCAAGCCGCGCCUGCAGCUGGCGGGCGUGGGCCGCAAUCUGCACGAUCACGGCAUGCUGCCGCUCUACCUGCGCUUCACGCGCACCUGUGCCUUCAACAGCAGCGACGCUAGCGUCGGCAGCGAUGGCAGCGAUGCCAGCUUCGCCAUGAUGGGCUUCAUCAACUCGAGCGCGCCGGCCUGCGGCAUGUCGCAGCCGGAUGUGCAUGUGGCGGCGCACACGCUGCUGCCGCGCGGCAGCGCUGGCAGCUUUGGCUACUUGGGCUUCCGGACGUCGCUGAUCGCGGCGCAGCGUGCGGCACUGCAGCAGACGGCAAUGCUGCAGAUUAUGGGCUCGCUGCUGCUGCCGAGGUCGCGCGGUCGCGUCGAGCUGGGCAGCGCGGAGCCGCGGCAGCCGCCGCUGGUGCGGCAUUGUUAUGCGCGGCAUGCCGCGGACCGUGCCACCUUGCUGCGCUAUGUGCGCUACGUGCAGCGCCUGGCGGCGACGCGCGCCUUUCGCGGCUGCGGCCUGCGGCUGUGGCUGCCGCCGCUGCCCGAAUGCGACGCCCUGCCGCCGGACUCGGACGACUAUUGGCUGUGCCACAUGCGCUACAUGUUUGUGGGCGCGUGGCAUGCAGUCGGCAGCUGCCGCAUGGCCGCCGCCGGCGACCCGCGCGGCGUCGUCGAUGAGCGGCUGCGCGUGCGCGGCAUCCGCGGGUUGCGCGUCGUCGAUGCCAGCGUCAUCCCGGAAAUAACGGCGGGCAAUACGAAUGCGCCCACCAUGAUGAUUGCCGAGCAGGCGGCGCGCAUGAUACGCGAGGAUCAGCUGCAGCUGGAGCCAGUGCAGCAGCCGGACGAAGCGGAGAUUCCACAGUCAAAUGAGGCAGUGCAGCAAUCGGCUCCAAUCAAUCCAACCAAUCAAAUACCUGGCAGCCAAUAGAACCAAAGACCCAAAGCGGGUACGAGAUCUGAUAGGCCAAAAUAUACCCUCACUUAGUUGAAUAAAUUAAAAUAUAUAGUAUAUUAUCGGAUUGUGCCCAUAUACAACAGAGCAAUAAUAUCCGAAUAUAUCCCGACUUAAUAAAAUAAAUGUAUAUAUAUUGCUAUAUAUAUAUAAG